AUGCUCACCGCAACAAAGUCCUCUUCAUCCGUAUCUAAUCAAGCGUCGAUGGAGUCACAAUCGAUCACUUCUUCCACUCAAUCCACUCAAUCCACUCAAUCGGUGACUACAUCAGUGAAAACCUUUUCUUCUUUGGAGACUUACCAAGCGGAAAUGUUUGUGGCAAAUGGAUCAGAAGGGAAUGCGGAGAUUCAAGAAAUCGACUAUGCGACUGAGCCAGUUAUUGGAGCUGGGGCAACUAUUGCAUCGAUUGAGCCUGAGAAGAAGCUUGGAGAUGGAGACAGGGCUGCGAUUGGCCAAGGAGUCGAGAGUUUUGCUUCAAUCGGAACGGAGAGGAAUCUCAAUACAGAAUCUCUGAGAUCAUCAAGGACACCAAUUGGGUCAUAUCAAGGACAAUUCGAAAGUGGAAACUUGAGAACAUCUAGAACAAAAAUGUCAACAUAUUCUGGUUCUAGAAAUGCGACUGGUGGCAGUCGUGUCCUAAAAAUGGUGACAGAGAUGGGAUCGGCGACAAUUGGUGGAAUCUCACCGGCUCUUUCAGCAAAUGCUGCCAAGAGUUUCCUUGAGGCAACGGAUAAGGAAAAGAAGGAGCUUCAGGGUUUGAACGAUCGUCUUGGAAACUACAUCGAUCGAGUGAAGAAACUCGAGGAACAAAACCGAAAACUCGUCGCUGAUUUGGAUGAGUUGCGCGGGAAAUGGGGAAAGGAUACAACAGAGAUUAAGAUCAAAUACUCGGAUUCACUCUCAAACGCGCGUAAAGACAUCGACAGCGCGGCAAGACAAAAGGCGGAAAUUGAUGUGAAAGUGGCUAGACUUCGCGAUGAUUUGGCUGAGUAUCGAUCACGCUAUGAGGAUAUCUCUCAUCGUCGCGAGGGUGAUCGCGAGAAGAUCCAACAGUGGACGAACGCCAUCGCUGACGCUCAAAAUGAACUCGAGAUGUUGAGAGCAAGAUGGAAGCAAUUGAACGACGAGGAGAAACGCCUCAACAACGACAACGGUCGACUCUGGGAAGAGCUUCAGAAAGCCCGAGCUGACCUCGACGAGGAGACAAUCGGCAGAAUCGACUUCCAGAACCAGGUGCAAACCCUUAUGGAGGAGCUCGAGUUCUUGAGAAGAGUCCACGAACAAGAGGUGAAAGAAUUGCAAGCCCUUCUCGCACAAGCCCCAGCGGAUACCCGUGAAUUCUUCAAGAACGAGUUGGCCUUGGCCAUCAGGGACAUCAAGGACGAGUACGAUUACAUCGCCAAACAGGGCAAACAAGACAUGGAAAGCUGGUAUAAACUCAAGGUGUCCGAGGUGCAAGGCUCGGCCAACCGGGCUGCCGUGGAGAGCAACUAUCAACGCGAAGAGGUGAAACGCAUGCGUGACAACAUCGGCGAUUUGCGCGGCAAACUCGGCGACUUGGAGAACAAGAACGCGCUGCUCGAGAAGGAAGUUCAAAACCUCAACUAUCAGCUUGCCGAUGAUCAACGCCAAUACGAGGCAGCCCUCAACGAGCGUGAUGCAACCCUUCGCCGAAUGCGCGAAGAGUGCCAAACACUUGUUGCCGAGCUCCAGGCUCUCCUUGACACGAAACAAAUGCUCGACGCCGAGAUUGCCAUCUACAGAAAAAUGCUCGAGGGAGAGGAAAGCCGGGUUGGUCUCCGCCAGAUGGUCGAGCAAGUCGUCAAGACUCACUCUCUUCAGACACAAGAAGACACCGACUCAACCCGUAACGUUCGCGGCGAGGUCUCCACAAAGACCACUUUCCAAAGAUCGGCUAAGGGCAAUGUGACAAUUGCCGAGUGUGAUCCAAAUGGGAAAUUCAUCACCCUUGAGAACACUCACAGAACCAAGGAUGAGAACCUGGGUGAGCACAAGUUGAAGAGAAAAUUGGACAAUCGUCGAGAGAUCACCUACUCGAUCCCGGCAAACACUGUGCUCAAGGCUGGAAGGACGAUGAAGAUUUACGCUCGUGAUCAAGGAGGUCUUCACAUGCCACCAGAUUCCCUUGUCAAUGAUGCCGAAAACACUUGGGGAAUUGGAGCCAAUGUCGUGACCACUCUUAGCAACAAAGACGGUGACGAGAGAGCCACUCACACACAGAAAACCGUUCAGACUGGAAAC